AUGAUAUUACGUAGUAACAACAUUCCUCAGAAUGAAGAGGAUUUAGAUCUAGGAAAGAUAACUAAGCAAAAUACAGACCGUAAUAAGGAAUAUAGAUGCGAACUUGACGUUGUAGUAGUACGCAAAAAUAUCCCCAAGCCACCAACUAACUCGCACAUACCGGUGUUAAAACAACGCAGUGGAAAAGAAACAGAAACCAUAAAUUUUGAGGAAAAAGCUGAAAAUUCCGUGGAAAAACAUGUUCGAUGGGAUGAUGUGAAUUUAGUUCAAGUUUCUUCGCCACUUGUCAAGCAUUCACCGAUAUCAGCAAAGGAGAAACGCAAUCCUCCUAUAGAUUCUCUAGGAAACGUGUUAAACGCAGAUGCUAGUUUGACACCGAUAGUUAAAAGGGGAGUUAAAGUCACUGUAAAGCAAGUCAAGUACAAAGGUGAAGAUUGA